AUGGUUGGAGAAGGGCUUUGUGAGAUAAACAUUGUAACUUGUGGUAUUGUGAUCGACGGGCUUUGCAAGGUUGGUAACACCUCAGUGGCUAUUGAAUUCCUCAGAAAUAUGGAAAAAGGGACACUCAAGCCCGAUGCACAUAUAUAUAACAUUGUUGUUGACAGCUUGUGUAAGGAUAGAAUGAUAGACUCAGCCUUGGCGCUUUUCAACGAAAUGCCCAAGAAGGACAUCCUACCCAAUGUCGUCACUUACAAUUCUUUGAUCGGUGGCUUGUGCGAUUUCAGCCGUCGGGAGGAAGUAAAAAAGCUGAUGAAGGAGAUGAUGUUCUUCAAGAUGUAUCCAGAUGCGGUCACGUUCGUCAUCUUGAUUGAUGCUUUAUGUAAGCAAGGAAUGGUGGAUGAAGCAGAAGAUGUAUUCGGAAUCAUGAAGCAGCAACAUGUAAUUCCAAAUGUCGCCUGUUACACUGCAUUAAUGAGCGGAUAUUGUCUUCAAGGGCGUAUGGAUGAAACAAGGAAUGUUUUUGAUUCGAUGUGUAGUAGCAAGAAUUAUACUCCUAAUUUUAUUAGUGGGGACGUAUUAAUCAAUGGCUAUUGUAGAAAGAUGAAGAUGGACGAGGCUAUGGUUAUCUUCCAGGAGAUGCCCCGCAAAGGGAUCAAGCCUGUUGUGAGCACAUAUAACAUUAUACUGGGGGGUUUAUUUCGUGUGGGCAACUGGCUCGUAGCGCUUGAUAUUUUCUAUGAGAUGCAAGCUGUCGGACUAAAACCUAACUUCUAUACAUACUGUAAUAUGUUGGAUGGAUUAUGUAGGAAUGGGCAAGUCGAGAGGGCUUUAUCGUUAUUAGAAGCAUUAGAGCGCAAGGGACAACAUCUUCAUGUUGCAUACUAUACCAUUAUGAUGGAUGGUUUGAUCAUAUCCGGUAAGCUCAAUGCGGCCCAAGCUAUUUUUGGAGACAUGGCUUCGAAGGGAUUGGAAUGUAAUGUGGUGACCUACAAUGUUUUGGUUAAGGGAUGUUGUCAAAAUGGGCUAUUAGAGGAAGCUAAGGAUCUUCUUUCCAAAAUGGGACAAUCAGGAUAUAAGGUGGAGAUGAGGCUGAUGACUAAUCAUUAUGUUGAUUAUUCUCACGGAAAGUGGUCGUCCAAAGGCGCACCACAAUCUCCUUUGAUGCUCUUGAGCUUGACUCCUCCUUUUCAUAUUUUGAUCACCUACGAAGCAUGGUCUCCAGACAAACAGGGCCACACCAACAGGAUCAGCAACAUAAGCAGGCGUAGCAAUGGCCCAAAGCCAAACAGUAGUGGGGAUCAGCAUUUUCAUGAUUUUUCCCCUCAGUAG